UCCCCGUGUUGAUGUGAUCAACAGUGUCACAGUGGCCGCUUGACCUGGCCUUCUGAUAAUGUGUAAGUUAGCUCGUCAAUGCUUACAGUGUAGGCUGCGUUAGUGAGUGUUACCUAACCUAAUUUGUAGCAGAUUAUGCCUUAUUUUGUAAGGGGUUGUUCAGUUUACAUCCAUUAUCAAGGAAGACCACAGGACAAAGACGAUGUUGUUUGUUGAAUGGCUGUGGUGCGCGCUCUGUUACUCUAAAACCAAACGUCUACACUUGUAUAGCAUAAAACACAUUAUGGGGUAGCAUUAUUAUUUGCUGUAUUGACAUAGGCUACAGUUAUUGGCUAAAGUAGACUAACAUCAACUGCUUACUUGGUCGGUAGCUAAAGAACAUGUGACUGUUUCCCUCUUAACUAUAUAACAAGGGGCAAAGUUCAUUCGGUGAUACAUUAAUAGGUCGUCUGACUUUCUUACGGCGAUGAACAGCCAAACUGACAUGCAAUGUAACCUACCGACCAGUUUCCUCACUGACCGCCUCUAUCCGGCAGGUACAAACGCGCCUCACACUUUUAAGAAACUUCAGUACCGCCCUCUGCCACUUCCUGUUCCCUACAAUAAACUGUAAUAAACUGUAGCUUCGGAUACCCUCACUCGGAUUAAGAAAAACAAAGACGAUGACCACUCUGAUGAAUUUGUCUGGGAAAUGACCACUCUAGAUUGAGGUAUGUUGAUUUGAAUAUCUUUCUCAAUAUAUUUCAUGUCCAUCACAUGCAGUCUAUGAACGAGGCGCAGCUGGCAAAUUGUUAGGAAAACUGGUGCAGACUGGUUAUCUGUACCGGGCGCACAGCACUGUAUAAGAGCGGGCAGCAUGUCUCGCUAAAAUGGGACAAGAGAUGGUUACUCCUACGACGUACAUCAAGACGACAAUCGACCGUCCACAUGCUAGAUAACGCAACACCCUGUGAUAUAUUUGUUUAGUCUGGGGUACAUGAAAAAUCUAGAAAUCAUUUCCAUUUGGCUCACCUACUGCAGAGGAGGAAAACUUGGAGACACGAAGGCGGAUGUUGGCUUAAUAGCACUCGCCGAAUUUCAUUUGACCAAAGAAGCACGCGAACGGUGUGGAUGAGCUUUUAUUGAACAGCUGAAACAUCUACAAAUAAUUUAUAGUUGGGUCACCAACUACAGUGACGGAAAACUUGGAAGCACAAAAGCGUAUGUAGCCUAAAUAGCACACGCCAAAUUUCGUUUGACCGAAGAAGCACGCGAACGGUGUGAAUUAGGUUUUAAUUAACAGCUGACAGUCUACUGAUGUUAGAACCGGCCCAUAGAAAUGCUGUGUCACAACGGCUCAACCCUACUUGCUUUCACGCGCACUGUAAACACGGCGCUGGACCACAAUGGCGCUGAUGCGGUCUAUCGUAGCAGCCUGAAACACAGACCACAAUUGACGGCUCCCGAAUCGCGGAGUGGAUCUUGAAGAUAACGUAUGUUAACAGUGAUGUCCACAUAGCUAAGCUUAACGGCUGCUGGACAUUUUAUGUCAACCUCCAUGUACCAAACCGUAUUAUAUACCGUUACACGGAGUGGAUGGUGGUAGCAGUUCAUGAUGUCUAUGUAGAUGCCGACUAACAACACAGUAAGUAGGCUAUGCUGUUUCAUAUAACAGAAUUUCGAGAAUACUGUGCGAGCAUUUUUGUUGUGAUUUGGACUCAGAUAGGUGGGCAAUUUUAUUGGGUUGUACAGCAGCUGAGCUGAUGUCCGGCUACUGCUGAGUUUGAGCUCAGCUUUUUUGUACGAUUGGCAUGUAGUCUUCACGUUGGACGUAAAUAUUGCACAGUAACUAUUUGGGCUAUUUGCGACAUGGCUUCGACACUUUGAAUCGUAGGUGGUCGCAGUACAGUGAAACUUGGUUACUGCUUCCCAGUUCUUAACAUCUGACGGAGAAUUCUAUUGUUCUAAGCCUGUGUGGUCACAUUUCAACAGAUGUCAGUGAAGUGGUGUGCAUGUGUGGAAUCAUGGUGUUUGGCUACUACAGUAGUAGUAGCCUGUACUAUGAAAAGUUUAGGCCUACUGUAUGGUAGAUGUGUUCACCUUUUGUUAGAAGACACAUUGCCAUCCAUUUACUUUGACACACAGGUAGCCUAAACAGUGGUUGAUUAAUGCAAAACAGGAUAAUCAAAGCUUGUAUGAAAUAUUUAAUUUGUUUUAACAUGUAAAUAUUCUGUUAUCGUUCUGCAGUUUCCCCCCACCUCCAUAGGUGGCCACUGUCAUGCAGACAUCUGAAGACCAUUAGAAUACCACUAAUUGAGUAAAUGCACUUGCUGACAUACUAUUUGAGUUUUUGCGUAUUUUAGACAAACUAAAUUAAAGCCUCUACAUUUGGGCCUACUGUGAAACCUUCCUUGUUGACAAUACUAUUUCAGAUUGCUGUUUGGCAUUCCAUGGGGAUUUCCUAUGGCAUAUGUGACCAAUUGUGAUCGUAUGCCAUGAACUACCCACCAACUAUUGAGAGACAUAUGGUAGUCCCAGUGUCAAUUACAUCUGCCUGAGUGCACACAGAACUCUCAUUGGUUGCUUGCAAUGCCAGUUAAGUCCCGUUGUUUGUGCACUGUCAAAUGAGAGUGCUUUUUACAUUGCUCUUCUUGUGACCUACUUUGUAAAAAAAAAAAAAAAAGAUUGAGGUUGAAUGAGGUUACCCAUGAACGCAAAUGGUUUAGGAUAUUAUUGCUAUUGAAUAUAAAUUAAUUUCUGAACACAACAGACUGGGUGGGGUCCAUUAUUCCAAAUUGGUCCAUGGUGUACAGUACACUAAUGGACAUGAUGCAUGGUUGUCUGAAUCAAACCUAUGUGUGUAUAAAAAUGUUUUACACUACAGUGAAACUCCUCACAGGGGUACACAUAUGGGUAUGCUUUUUUUGUCCUCUUUACUUCAGGAACGUUGCAAAGGUUUUGGUUGUUUUAAUUCUGUUUUGUUUAUUUAGUGAAAUUAUUUAGCGUGUUGUUUAGAAAAGGCUACAAAAACACUAUAUAACACACUGGACCUGUAAUCCUAGCCCAAGGCAGCCCUGGGAGGAGAUUCUGGGUGCAUGGGGAAACAAACCUUACUGAAAACCUGGAAGAACCUGACUCUGAAGUUAGGUCCAUCUGCCCUAGGCUGGUUUAGGUAUGUAGAUAGUAAUCACUGUGUUAGACAUUUGAGUUACCCACUUGAGUAAGCUGUGGAAAACUACGCUGCAUCAGAGGGUCAUGGCAGUUCUGUAGCAUCUAUUGUCAUGUUGAAUUUGUGGGUUUAAGCCCUUAUUUGAGCCUCAUCAUGCUAAUGAGAGCUCAAUGCUAAUGACCCAGCCCUCAUACCCAUACCAUUCAACAUGUGAGACUGCAACAGUGUAAGAGUGUGUUGUGUGUUGUGCGUUGUGUGUUGUGUGUGAACCAUUGGCAGACAGUGGUUGUGUAAGUCAGCACAAAACUUUCCUUCGGCAUGUUAAUGAUUUCCAUAUGUAGUUGCGGCUACACAUCUCAAAUGGAAAGGGAGAUUGUGUAUGAAUACUUCCCCAGUGUAAUAAACUGUUUAAAUUAGUGCACACAAGCAUAUAGACUCACACAACCUUGUACAUUCUUGAACAUUGGUUUCUCAGAAUCACUGGGUGUUUUGCUGCUGUCGUUAACAAACCCCCAGUCUGGAAAGAAUGGCAUGGGCCCCUCACAUGACUAAUCCGGCAGUGUUAACUUCAUGUGUCUGUAGGUACCACGUCUGCAUGUGCAGUGAGUGCAUCAGACCUUAAUAAAGACCUGAUGAAAAUGAGUUUCACUUUCAAAUGCCCUGGCCCUGCAUGGUAGAUGCUCAAAAAGUAGUCUCUGGAGUAAGCAGAAUCAGACACAAGCACAUUAGGCUCAGUCUAGAGUGGUUUUAUACCGAUUUACCGCAAAUGAGCAGUAAGUGUAGUAAGCAGUAAGCAGUAAGUGUAAGUGUGCUUUCAAAGUGUGUUGUUGGCUCUUUUUCUUUCUUGCCCAGUUUGCCUGUCGGCCUGUUUUCCCGUCACACUGUCUGUCAUUACGAAACAGUAAUGCUGAUAGGUCACUCCACUCUCACUGAGAUAGGCCCCCAGAAUGGCCUAGGAUAUCAGAGAUAGCAGAGAGUUACCAUAAAUAUUAAUGAGUGCUCAUGCUAAAAAGCUUCAGGAGAAUAUUGCACAGGCAUUGUGGCCUCAAUAGUUCAUUUAGUUACGAGUUUGACACCUUAUGAUAUUCCUGCACCCUUCCCCCUGUUUUCCAAAUAUGUCCUCAUUAGUGUUCAUUCAUUAGCCUCAUUCAACCAUGAUUUCUCACACACACAACCGUUACGUAACGCUAACAAAAAAAAUGCAUAGUGAGCGGGGUAGGUCUCCCGGGGUAGGUCUGGAUCCUCAAAUGGGGGAUUGUAAAACUCCCAAAUGAAUCGCGUGCAAGACAUUGUGUAACAGCGCACCCUUAUGUAAUGUUUAUCAGUGUUCAUUUAGAGAAGAUGGAACUUGGCCACAAAACACUGAUUGAUCAUUUUUUCCAAUCUGUUUGUCUUCCUAUGAUGGCUAAAGAGGCAUUGGAUAAAGCCAAGAGAUUCAAGACAAAGAUGAGUGUGUUGGGUAAAUAAUGAGACUCGGACAUCUCCCUGGGACCUGACUUGUUUUGUCGCUUGUUUGUAUCAUACACAAUAGUCCUGCUUCAAAGAUCAAGCAGACUUGGACUCUGUCCAUUGAUCGACUUGGAUUCAACUUCUGUCUGUGUUGCGCUGUAAACUUCAAGGUUUAAUUUGUACUGCUUUUAUGGCACAGCAUUCCACAAGGCUUUAAAUUUGUAAUAUUGGUUGACCACGAGAGAGGCGAUGAGCUCUGCAGACCAGGAGUCGCAGAAACAGAUGUUUUGGGGAACUAAUGAGCAGUCAGACAGAUGACCUGAAUAAGGACCACCAUGGAGAAGCACACCAUGAAGAACAUUUGCUAUUGAUGAAUGUUUACCCUCACAGAAGUUGCCUCCCUCAAUGACAUCUUGCCGACCUACCGUAUCCUGAAACCAUGGUGGGACGUAUUUAUGGAUUACCUUGGCAUCGUCAUGCUGAUGUUGGCCAUUUUUGCUGGAACAAUGCAGUUAACCAAAGACCAAGUAGUUUGCCUCCCCGAAUUGGAGUCCGAUACUUCACCCACUCCACAGCCUGACGAGUUUCCAGACCAGAUGGGGACAGGAUCAGGAACGGGAGCAGGAUCAAGUAGAGUAACCUUGGGAGCUGCGCCUCUUGCCUCGAAGGACCAACCUGAUAACGUUGUCCACCAAAUCCACUUCAUGCACGCGUCUGCUGUUGGGCAGCCCCAGCCAACAGGGGUUAAAACGAACUUGGACUUCCAGCAGUAUGUUUUCAUCAAUCAGAUGUGUUACCAUGUCGCUCUCCCAUGGUAUUCAAAAUAUUUCCCAUACCUAGCUCUCAUUCACACUAUUGUGCUCAUGGUUAGCAGCAACUUCUGGUUCAAGUAUCCAAAGACCAGCUCAAAAAUUGAGCACUUUGUCUCGAUUCUGGGAAAAUGUUUUGAGUCACCCUGGACCACCAAGGCUUUGUCAGAGACAGCCUGUGAGGACUCUGAGGAGAAUAAGCAAAGACUGACUGGAGCCUCGUCGUUACCAAAGCAUGUCUCUACGAGCAGUGAAGAGGGAAGCCCAAAUCAGUCCACACCAAUGCUUGCAAAAACUGGUGUUAAGUUCUCUGCUGAAAAGCCCGUUUUCGAGUUUCCAAGCAUGACCAUUUUAGAUAAGAAAGAUGGCGAACAGGCCAAGGCACUUUUUGAGAAAGUGAGGAAGUUCCGAGCACACGUGGAGGACAGCGACAUGAUCUACAAGAUGUAUGUUGCUCAAACAGUCAUCAAAACACUGAAAUUUAUUUUAAUUAUUUGCUACACAAUGACGUUUGUUGCCUCAAUUAAUUUCAAUCACGUGUGCAAACCUGAUAUCAAACACUUGACUGGUUAUGCAAGUUUUCACUGCACUCAUAACAUGGCUUUCAUGUUAAAGAAACUGCUUGUUAGUUAUAUUUCCCUCAUAUGUGUCUAUGGCAUGGUAUGCAUAUACACUCUUUUCUGGUUGUUUCGACGGCCUCUAAAAGAGUACUCCUUUGAAAAAGUUAGGGAGGAGAGCAGUUUUAGUGAUAUACCAGAUGUUAAGAAUGACUUUGCUUUUCUGCUGCACAUGGUGGACCAGUACGACCAGCUGUACUCAAAGCGUUUUGGUGUCUUUCUCUCAGAGGUGAGUGAGAACAAGUUGCGAGAGAUAAGCCUUAACCACGAGUGGACGUUUGAGAAACUACGACAGCAUGUAACUCGAAACACACAAGACAAGCUGGAGCUCCACCUCUUCAUGCUUUCAGGGGUCCCUGAUGCUGUCUUUGACCUCACUGACCUGGAGGUCUUGAAGUUGGAGCUGAUCCCUGAAGCAAGGAUCACGGCAAAGGUAUCACAGAUGAUAAACCUCCAAGAGCUGCACUUUUACCAUUGUCCUGCAAAGGUCGAGCAAACAGCAUUCAGUUUCCUUCGCGACCACCUUCGGUGCCUUCAUGUCAAGUUCACAGAUGUUGCUGAGAUCCCGACCUGGGUGUACUUGCUGAAGAGUUUGAGGGAACUCUAUCUGGUGGGGAACCUAAACUCUGAGAACAACAAAAUGAUUGGUUUGGAGUCCCUCAGAGAUCUGAGGCAUCUGAAGAUCUUGCAUCUCAAAAGCAACCUCACGAAAAUCCCAACCAAUAUCACAGACCUAUCCCCACAUCUCAUCAAACUGGUGGUGCACAAUGAUGGUACAAAACUUGUAGUACUUAACAGUCUGAAAAAGAUGAUUAACCUGGCAGAGCUGGAAUUGCACAAUUGUGAACUGGACAGGAUCCCCCAUGCUAUUUUUAGCUUGACCAACCUCCAAGAGCUGGACCUGAAAUCCAACAACAUCCGUACCAUCGAAGAGAUCAUUAGCUUUCAGCACCUCAAGAGGCUGAUUUGCCUCAAACUAUGGCACAACAAAAUCACUAGCAUUCCGCUCUCCAUAAGCCAUGUUAAAAACCUUGAGUCACUCUAUCUCUCACACAACAAGCUAGAUGCCCUACCCACCUCUCUGUUCAAUCUGCUUAAGCUGAGGUACCUGGAUGUCAGCAACAACACAGUGACGAUAAUUCCACCAGAGGUGGGCUUCCUACAGAACCUCCAACAUUUUGCCAUCACGGGCAACAAAGUGGAGGUGGUGCCCAAGCAGCUAUUCAAGUGCACAAAGCUAAGGACUUUGUGUCUAGGUCACAAUUGCGUUUCCAUCCUACCGGAGAAAGUGGGCCAGCUAAUGCAGUUGACUCACCUGGAGCUCAAGGGAAACUGUUUAGACCGCCUGCCGGCCCAGCUUGGCCAGUGCCAUCUGCUACGGAAGAGUGGCCUCAUUAUUGAAGACCACCUCUUUGACACACUUCCCCUGGAGGUUAAAGAGAGUGUCAAUCAGGAAUAGGGAUGCGUCAAUACCACUUUAUUACAGAUUUGAUUAUUCUGUCUGAGUACUCCUCUCAAUGAAUUGGCAUCAACAUAUUGAUCUGAUCUUACAUCAUUCCAGCAUUUCUGGCUGGCAUUGGUAUCUGCUACCAAUACUCAGUACUGCAUCGGUGCAUCCCUAUUCAGGAACCUAAGAUGUAUUUUGCAGUUUGGUUAUGAGUGCUGCUGUGUGGAUGAGUUGAUUGAUUGAGUGCAUGAGUACGUAGAUGGCCAACUACUCUCCCUACAUGCAUGUCUCUAGUCGCGUUACCAAUGUGGAAUGGAAUAUGGACUGCAGGGCAUGGGGCACAGCAGAAAUGAAUGUUUUUCUUACUGCUGGUCAGGUUUCAAUGAAAGCAUGUCAUCUGUAUGGUAUGAAGUUAAGCUCAGGGCUGAUUUGAUUUUACCUUAAGGAAAAAGUAGGUGUUUUUGAACUUUUAGAGUGAACCCUGAUAGAAUGCUGCUCCAGAAACUGGGAAGUUAUACAUUUGCAAUAGCGUGUCGGACAGUGACAUACCAUUGCAGUGGUUUAAGAGAACAAUUAUGGAAAUGUAAGCGUGGAAAUGAAACAAAAAAAGAUAGGUACAAGUAGGUGCCAGGGAUUCCCCAUUGUUCUGCUAUUUUUUUGCAGCCUUUUUUUCAUAAUCACUCCCAUUUAAAAAAAAUAAAAUAAAAAAAAAUGUCCUGCCAUAUUACUUGACCAUACUCGACUACAGAUUCAUAAACAUGUAGCAACAAUUUAGAGGUACUCUUUAAUAUUCUGAACAUUUUCGUUCCAAUCAAGUUUAUGUCCUAUGCAUGACCGCAUAAGGUAAACAUGCCAAGAAAGCCACCAAACAUUUUGAGCAAUCAUGUUUAUGUUGUUCUUUCAGCUCCUUGCUACAGUCUGCGCAGUUCCUAUUGUGGUGGAAUUAUUGAUUGUAUCUCGUAAUUUUGUUUAGAUGUAACCAGGGAAGACCAAUGCACAGCAUCAGAAAUCAUCAAGCAGCAAUGACUGAUGUGCACAUGUUUGUAUAUAUUGUAUUGUAUACUAAGUGGAAAAGGAGAUCCCACCCUUUCUCCUCUCCUGAUACAUGAAAAUGGCACGGUCUUUGCUGCUUACAGGGCCCCAGUGUAUGUGGACCUUUGCUAUCCUGAUAUUUACUCCUUUUAUAGAUAUUCAAGCUCAGUUAGUAGACAUGAAUUAGGCAUCUUUCAUAAUCUCCAAACUCACAGGACACCCUUAAGGCUGUUUCAAAUUAUGACCCACACUUUGUACAGCAUAAUGAUACUCAUGUUGUUAUUAACUCUGCUUUGAAAGGCCAUGUAACGGAAUGUGGGGUUUUUUGUUGACAGUUGAACUACACAGAUGUUUGGUCUUAUUAUCCAUCUUCUCCCCAAUCUUGUCCUCCUGUCUCAGAAUUACUACAGACUAAAUCAAAAUCUCUACCCAUAGGAGGUAUAGAAAUAGGAUGGGUGGAUAUACAAUAUGUAUGUGGUGUCCUUUGAAGCAGUGUCAAUGUCAUAACAUGUUACAGUUAAGGGAACAACUAUAUUUAAUCAUUCUAAAUCAUUUCCAGCACACACCCCCCUUGUACUACAGCUCUUGGCACAAAUUGGUGCAUCUCUACUUUGUCCUAAAAAAAGUAACGCAUUGGAUGAAAAGCAGAAGAAAAUGGUACUCACUCAAAGUAUUGCAUGCAAAGCCAUAACCAAGGGAUCUUUCACCUCAGUGUUUAACAUAAAAGACAGAUAGCUUAAAGACAGAUAGAUGUUUUUGUCACACUGCCACCUCUAAAUGCUGCAAAGGUCCUAGUGAUUGCAUUUAAUUUUGUUAAAUACGUCGUCUCCCCUCACCAGGUCUGGUAGAAACUGAACUGACCUUGGGAAAUGCUAAAACAAAAGGUAUACAUAUAUUUUGGAAAAUGUUUUAAUAUAUUAUGGAAGAAUGUUGCAAAGAUUACUCUUAGGUAGGUUAUUUGGUAAAUUGUUAUUUACGUGCAUAUUUUCAUAUAUUGUUAUGUUUUUAUUUCUCCCCUUUAUUAAGUUAAUGUCUCCAUUUUUUAAACUAAGCUGCCUCUUUUUAACUUUCUUUUAUAAUGUAAAGUAAUUCAUUUCUAAACCAAUGUUCUAACUUUCAGUUUUACACCUGAAUGAAAUCAAUAAAAGCAGAUGUUAUAACAUCGAACUAAUACAUUCUGAUAUGAAUUUUGCUGUUGUGGAAUAAAACUCCAAAAAGAUAUUGUAGCCUGCAUUGCAUAAGGCUCACACACUAAAGGGCAUUGGAUUCUGUUUGUUUUGAGUCCUGUUGUGAAGUGUGUCUAGUAGACAUACCAAGACAUAUAAUGGUAGCGUGAUUUUAUCACUGCCAUGACAUUACAGUACCUAGCAUCAAUGAGUGAAUGUCAUAUGACUGUCAAAAGUAGAGCAGUGUCACAUUUUACAUUCGUGUCCUGGGAAGGUUUGGGAUGAUCCUGUGGUUUAUUUAAAUUAUAUAUUACUGGCAUAUUUUCAAAUAAAUGCCAAUAAAUGAUA